AUGCCCAUGGGAUGCCGACGGCCUCCGCCCUGGGAGCGAAGGACUGCCACUCUCCUCGGUUUGAUUUUCCUGAUCAUCGAGCUCGCGAGCGCCGCAACGUCGUCACAGCACCAGCAGACCGCCACCCGGUACGCCUCUCGCAUCGUCGAGACCAAGUCGGGCCAGAUUCGAGGUAUUUUGCAGGACUUGAACAGUCAGCACCUGGACCCGGUGGAGGUCUUCCGGGGCAUACCCUACGCAGCAGCGCCCGUCGGCGAUCUGAGGCUCCGGCCGCCCCAGCCGCCCCUGGUUUGGAAGGGCAUCAAGCGCGCCGACACCUUCGGCCAGCCCUGCCCGCAAAAGCUGCCCGACCUGCGCAACCGGACCAUCGCCCUCCAGGACAUGCCCCAGGGCAGGUACAACCAGCUCGUCAGGCUGGCCAAGUUCGUCGCCAACCACAGCGAGGACUGUCUCUUUCUCAACCUCUACAUACCCGGCAGCGGUGCCCGAGGAUUGGAGGCGCCCUACGCCGUGAUAGUUUACAUACACGGUGAGAGCUUCGAGUGGGGCACCGGCAACGUAUACGACGGCUCGGUGCUCGCGAGCGCGGGCCACGUCAUCCUCGUUACACUCAACUAUCGCCUUGGGAUUUUAGGUUUCCUGAGGACGAAGCCGCUCACAGAGUCGCAGGACUCGGUGGCGAGCGGCAACCUGGCGCUGCACGACCUGGCGAUGGGCCUCGCUUGGGUGCGCGACAACAUAGGCGCCUUUGGUGGCGAUCCGGGCCGCGUCACCCUCAUGGGCCACGACACCGGGGCAGCUCUCGCUAAUUACCUGCUGCUCGCGCCAUUCGCCAAAGGACUCUUUCGGAACGUCGUGCUGCUGAGCGGCUCGGCGCUGAGUCCGUGGGCCGUGGUAAACGAUCCGAAUGAUCUGCGGGUGCAGGUUGCCAAACAACUCGACUGCCGCUACGAGAACGACGAGGACAUCGCCGAGUGCUUGAGGGCCGUUUCCCUCGAGGCCAUACUCGACGUCGAACUCACCGAGAUCAAAUUCAUGCCGAGCAUCGGACCGAGCCUGCCCGUGGACGGCAGUCAGCCAGACCCCGGUUUGGACAUGGAACGGCUGAGCGACGCGUUCAUAAAGGUACCGUUGAUCCUCGGCGUGGCAAGCGCCGAGUCUUACCUCGACUUCAGCGCGAACGACAUAGAGUUCGGCUUCGAGGAGGACCAGCGUAACCGGGUGCUGCGCACCUUCAUACGCAACGCGUACGUCUACCACCUGAACGAGAUAUUCAGUGCGGUGAAGAACGAGUACACCGACUGGGACCGGCCGGUCCUCCAUCCCAUCAACAUACGCGAGUCGACCAUGGAGGCCCUCAGCGACGGGCACACGGUCGCCCCGCUCAUGAGGGUCGCGUUCUAUCACGCCCGACGCGGUGCCAGCACCUACUUUUUCCACUUCAACUACCAGAGCAAGGACAGCGACUAUCCCCAGAGACUCGGCAGCGUCCGCGGCGAAGCAAUCCCGUACAUAUUUGGCCUGCCACUGGUGUCCGGGGGCCGAUUCUUCCCCCAGAACUACUCGCGAGCCGACCAGGGAGUCACCGAGGCGGUGCUGACCUUCUUCACGAAUUUCGCGAAAACCGGCAACCCCAACGAGCCCCACAACAUCGAGUCCGUCGAUUACGGCACCGUCAAGGAGAAGACGCGCUACCGCGGCCUCACCUGGGACAAGUACGAGACCAGCACGCAGCAGUACCUCAUGAUCGCUUUGAAGCCCAAGAUGAAAAACCACUACCGCGGCCACAAAAUGGCAUCCUGGUUGAAUUUGGUGCCACAGCUCCAUCAGCCCGCCGGGGACGACGUGUCGAUGAGGCAUCACCACUUUCGCGAAAAGGGCGACUUAUUUUACGCUGGACCGGUUCGGGACGAGUGGUACACCCCGAUAACGUUGCCGGGGGUGGCGCGCACGGGCUCGACGUCGACGACGGCUUGCGCGACGACGAGCGACAACAGCGAGAACAGCGAGACGGAGAACAACGUCCUCGGCGAGAGCAAGGACGACGCGGAGCUGCUGCAGCGGCUGGCCUCGCGCCACUACUACAGCACGACGACGGCCCUCGCGAUAACGGUCGGGGUCGGCUGCAUCCUCCUCGUCCUGAACAUGCUCAUCUUCGCGGGCAUCUACUACCAGCGCGACCGGGACAAGAAGCGCGCCUACGCCAACGACUCCACCUCUUCCACCGCCAAUGGCCAGGAGAUGAGCGUAGCCGCGAGCAGCGGUACCAGCACCUGCGGGUCCUCGAGCAAGCCCCUCGAUCCGCCGCCCAGCUACACUACCCUGCCCAAGAGUCCCUCCUCCGUCCAGGACCACAUGCAGGACGAGUGUGGCACGACCGAGCAGCAAUUGGAGCGCAAUCGCACCUUGACAAGGCCGAAGGAGCACCAGCAGGCGAAGCCGCCCCGUCCGCCUCAGAGGACCUCGAGCUCGCUGAGCACCGGUCCGAGCAGUACUCUCAAGAAACGCGUUCAAAUCCAAGAGGACACGGUAUAGCAUUAGUGGUCGCCCCCUGAGGGCACCGUCGCGCGCGCGAAACGCGUCACCUUCGUCGAU